CUAGUGACUAGGAUAAAUGUAUUUUCAAUGCAAUUGUGGAUGCAGAUUGAAGAGAGGAGGAAGACAUGCAAGCAUGUUAGAUGGCAGGCGUUAACUGGUUAAUUUGACCAUAGAGAUGAGAUCAGGACAAGGACCCUCAAGGACCUAAUAGGGGUACUCUUGGUACGGUCAAUAAAGGAGGCAAGGCGCAGCUGUUUUAGCUCUAGCUGAAACUCAAAGGGUAGUUUUGUUAAUCCUCAGUCACUACAGUACAGGAUCACUGCUCAUCAUCUUCCAGACAUCUGCAUGUGACUCACCUCACCAAUAAUGGAACCCCAUCUCAUCGAUCUCUGGUUACACUGCCCAAAAACCACCAUAAGUAGAGAAAAAUACUAUCAUAAGAUCACAAAAGAUGUUGUCUUUGUGUGAGAUAGCCUUAUGACAACAGUUAAAAAAGAUUAUAAUAAAAAGGAGGCUUAAGCCAUGUCAGAUUCUUGUCUUUAAAGCAUAGAACGGACAACUACAGGAUGGAAAGAAGUGAACUUUCCAAUCCUUUUUUUUUUUUUUUUAACUACAACCCAUGUUCUAUUUCCUUUGUUUUGAUAGCCACAAUUAGUAUUUUCAAGAUUUGUUUCUUGCGAUAAUUUUCUCUAGAUUUCAAUCUCAUUUCCUGUGAGCAAAAGUUUGUUUCUUUACAUCUCAUUGCCAUUUUGUAUUCAGUUCUUGCAUGUUUCUUCUUGCUUCAUCAGAUCUGAAUGGUGUCUGGGGUUGCUGAUUGGAGAGGGUGGAUUCAUGGAGGAUGUGCAGCUGGUUUUUGAUAAACAUUAUUCAGAUGCCUGUAUGGGACUAGAGAAGGUUCUUGAGGGAAAUUGGCUGUAAUGGAGAAGGUCCAGGGAAGAGGGAUUUUGGGUCUUGUAUUUCUGAUCAUAGUGUUCCUAUCUGUUAGCAGUGGAGAAGCUCAGUCAAAACCUGUUUUGGUAAACUGUGGUGCAAAUAGCAGUGUUAUUGUGGAUGGUAGGAGAUGGAUUGGUGAUUUGGCCCCAAAUGAUAAUUUCACUGUCAGUUCUCCUGGUGUUGCUGCUACUGAUUCUACUGCUGAUGGCAAUUCAACCUUAGGGCCACUCUACAAAACUGCCCGGAUUUUCAAUGCUUUGAAUUAUACUUUUGCUGGAAUGCAGGGAAACUACUUUCUUAGACUCCAUUUUUGUCCAUUCCCUUUUGAGAAUUAUAACGUUAAUGAGUCCUCUUUUAGUGUCGUGGCUAAUGGUCUGAAACUGAUGACUGAGUUCAAUGUUCCGGUCGAGAUUUCAAACAAGAAUUUGCACUUGCAGAAUUCCAACAGCAAUUCAAGUUCUUUGUCCUUGGUCAAAGAGUAUAUUCUAGCAAUCAAUGAUGUUCUUGUGGUUGAAUUUGUUUCAUCUAGGGGAUCAUUCGGGUUCAUAAAUGCCAUAGAGGUUGUCCCUGUGGUUGGCACACUUUUUGCAGACUCAGUUAGUAAAGUGGGUGGAAGUAAUGCCAAUUUCAAUGUAAGCGGACGGGGGAUUGAAACUAUGUAUCGGUUGAAUAUUGGGGGACAGGAGAUCAAAACUAUUCAAGAUUCAGAGCUUUGGAGGAAAUGGGAAAUGGAUUCCAUCUACAUGAUUACAGCAGAUGCUGGUGUUGAAGUCAGGAAUACUUCUAAUGUCACUUAUUCAUCGAACAAUGAUUCCUUGGUGGCUCCACUUCUUGUAUAUGAAACAGCAAGGAUCAUGUCCAACACAGAAGUCUUGGAGAAAAAGUUUAACAUGUCAUGGAAAUUCGAAGUAGAUCCUGGUUUUGAUUAUUUAAUCCGGUUACAUUUUUGUGAGCUGGUAUAUGACAAAGCAAACCAGAGGAUUUUCAGGGUCUAUAUAAACAACAAGACAGCUGCUGAUAGCUUUGAUGUUUAUGUACGGGCAGGAGGGAAGAACAUAGCAUAUCAUCAGGAUUAUUAUGAUACGGUUUCCUCCAAGACCAACACCCUUUGGGUCCAACUGGGUCCUGACACUGCAGUUGGUGCUUCAGGAACUGAUGCUCUCUUGAACGGACUGGAGAUUUUCAAGCUGAGCCGAAGUGCGAAUCUUGCAUAUGCUGACAGAAUUGAUUCAACUGAGAAAUCUGGAAGUCAUUCAAAAUCUUGGACUCUCUGGUUGGGGGUUGGAGCAGGUGUAGCUUCUGUCCUCAUUGCUGCUAUUACAUUUACUUGCAUCUUUUGCUUCGGCAAAUAUCGAAGAAAACAAAUGAGUGAUGCCAAAGGCAACCCUCCUGGAUGGCGGCCACUAUUCAUGCAUGGUGCUGUUGUAAGUAGCAUUGCUUAUAAUAAGGGAGGGGUCCGUUCUCUAAAUGGAUCGUUGGCAGCGUCUACUAGAGUUGGCAGGCGUUUCACCUUGUCAGAGAUUCGUGCGGCAACGAACAAUUUUGAUGACAGUUUGGUGAUAGGAGUUGGAGGCUUUGGUAAAGUAUACAGUGGGAAGAUUGAAGAUGGCACACUUGCAGCAAUCAAACGGUCAAACCCACAAUCCAAGCAAGGCUUGACUGAAUUUGAAACAGAAAUUGAGAUGCUUUCAAAGUUAAGGCACAGGCAUCUGGUCUCGUUGAUUGGGUUCUGCGAAGAACAGAAUGAAAUGAUCUUGGUUUAUGAGUAUAUGGCAAAUGGAACUCUUCGAAGUCAUCUUUUUGGGAGUGAUUUCCCACCAUUGACAUGGAAGCAGCGACUAGAAGCAUGCAUUGGUGCCGCCAGGGGACUCCAUUAUCUCCAUACCGGAGCAGAUCGUGGAAUAAUUCACAGGGAUAUUAAGACAACCAACAUACUGCUUGAUGAAAAUUUUGUAGCAAAAAUGGCAGAUUUUGGGUUGUCUAAAGCUGGUCCAGCUUUGGACCACACACAUGUUAGUACAGCAGUGAAAGGAAGCUUUGGAUAUCUUGAUCCUGAAUACUAUCGUCGACAGCAGUUGACUGAGAAAUCUGAUGUCUACUCAUUUGGCGUGGUGUUGUUUGAAGUUGUUUGCUCUCGACCUGUUAUAAACCCAAGCUUGCCAAAAGACCAGAUCAACCUCGCAGAGUGGGCAAUGAAGUGGCAGCGGCAGAAAUCACUGGAGACCAUCGUUGACCCACGUCUCGGAGGAAAUUCUUGCCCUGAGUCAUUGAAGAAGUUUGGAGAGAUAGCAGAAAAAUGCCUUGCUGAUGAGGGGAAGAAUCGUCCAACAAUGGGGGAAGUUCUGUGGCAUUUGGAAUUUGUCUUGCAACUUCAUGAAGCCUGGAUGCGCGCCAAUGCCACCACUGAAACCUCCAUUACUAGUAGUCAAGCAUUGGAGGAUUUGGAGCUCAGAGUAGCAGAAGAGGCACGACGCCCCCCUCUCGCCUUGGAAUAAGAGACUGAUAGACCUCACGAGGAAGGGUGAUGGACAAUCUGCUGAAACAAAAACCUAAGAAAAUAGCAUGCUGCAGCUGGAUUUCACAGUGGAACGGCCCAAGUGUCUAGCGAAAGCUAGAAAUUACAUUCAUUACAGUGUUUUUAUCAUUAUGGUCCUAAAUUCUUUUAUUUUGUUCAAUCAGAUUAUGUGCUUGAGGUAACUGUUAUUAUGUCCAUAUUAACUUUACUAGCGAGUGGAGUGAAGUAAGGCAUGAUCUUCAUAGUGUUUUAUA